AUGGGCUACCCCGAGGUAGAGAGCAGGGAGCCCCUGCCUGCAGCAGCGCCAAGGGAGCAGGGGAGUCAGGGCUGUGGCUGUCGCGGGGCCCGUGCCCGGGCGGGUGAAGGGAACAGCUGCCGGCUCUUCCUGGGCUUCUUCGGCCUCUCGCUGGCCCUCCACCUGCUGACAUUGUGCUGCUACCUAGAGUUGCGCUCCGAGUUGCGGCGGGAACGGGGAGCCGAGUCCCGCUUUGGCGGCCUCGGCACCCCUAGCACCUCUGGCACCCUGAGUAGACCCGGUGGCCUGGACCCCGACGGUCCCAUCACCCGCCACUUCAGGCAGCCUUCACUUCAGCAGCAGCCGCUAGAACCCGGAGAAACAACUCUCACACCAGACUCUCAGGACGGGCACCAGAUGGCCCUAAUGAAUUUUUUCUUCCCUGAAGAAAAAUCAUACACUGAAGCAGAAAGUAGGCGUGUCCGUCGCAAUAAAAGAAGCAAAAGCAGUGAAGGAGCAGAUGGUCCAGUUAAAAACAAGAAAAAGGGAAAGAAGGCAGGACCUCCUGGGCCAAAUGGCCCCCCAGGACCUCCAGGACCUCCAGGACCCCAGGGACCCCCAGGGAUUCCAGGGAUUCCUGGAAUUCCAGGAACAACUGUUAUGGGCCCACCUGGCCCUCCAGGUCCUCCUGGUCCUCAAGGACCUCCUGGCCUCCAAGGGCCUUCUGGUGCUGCAGAUAAAGCUGGAACUCGAGAGAACCAGCCAGCUGUGGUGCAUCUGCAGGGCCAAGGGUCAGCAAUUCAAGUCAAGAAUGAUCUUUCAGGUGGAGUGCUCAAUGACUGGUCUCGCAUCACUAUGAACCCCAAGGUGUUUAAGCUACAUCCCCGCAGCGGGGAGCUGGAGGUACUGGUGGACGGCACCUACUUCAUCUAUAGUCAGGUAUAUUACAUCAACUUCACUGACUUUGCCAGCUAUGAGGUGGUGGUGGAUGAGAAGCCCUUUCUGCAGUGUACCCGCAGCAUCGAGACAGGCAAGACCAACUACAACACUUGCUACACCGCGGGCGUCUGCCUCCUCAAAGCCCGGCAGAAGAUCGCUGUGAAGAUGGUGCACGCUGACAUCUCUAUCAACAUGAGCAAGCACACCACUUUCUUUGGGGCCAUCAGGCUGGGCGAGGCCCCUGCAUCCUAG